GAAAGCCCUCACCCGGCCCUUUUAUAAGCCCUCUUGUAAACCCUCUUCCCACCUCGGCUUGUGGUGGCGGCUAUUCCCCCAUCCGCUCGUUUCUCUCUCCUAGGGUUUUUAUCUCUCGGCCAACCCCCGGCCCUUUGCUCUCCCUCCUAGGCCAGUGGAUUUGGGCCUCGCAUCCCAUCCGUGCUUUCCGGAGCGGCGUACUCGCCACCUCCAGAUCGAUCAUGGCUGCCGUGGCUCCCGCCGCUGAUCAAGCUACAGAUUUACUACAGAAGUUGUCGUUGGAUCCCAAGAAUAAGACUCAUGAUUCUCCAGAGGUUACCAAGAAGCCUUCUGGGAUUCAGCAUGCUCCUGCGGAUGGUGCAGUUGUGCCAAGCGCACCAGUCCCGCCACAAGAACGGUCUGUGACUCCUCUACUUCAGGAGGUUAUGGACGCAAGCAUGUGUUACCUACCUAAUGGAUAUCCAUCGACAACUUAUUACUAUGGAGGCUAUGAUGGUGCAAUGAAUGAGUGGGAGGAUUUUGCUAGAUAUGCGAAUCCUGAUGGAGUGGAAAUGCCACCUCCUGGAGUCUAUGGGGAUCUGUAUCACCAUGGAUAUGGGUAUGCUCCUUAUGGUCCAUACCCUUCUCCUGGUUCUCCAGUUCCAACCAUGGGGCAUGAUGGUCAGCUAUAUGGCCCUCAACAUUACCAGUAUCCAGCUCAAUAUUACCAAACACCAACACCUGCUCCUAAACAAGUUUCUCCUAGUCAAGGGGAAGUUUCAACCUCUGCUGCUGCAGACCAGCCACCUAUUGCAGUGGAUGAUGCGAAAGCUAAUUCCAAUGGAAUUGCUAGUGGAAAUGCAGAUGGGAGUACUGGAGCAGCUGCAACAAAGUCAAGCCAACAAAAUUCGUCAUUAACAUCAACAGGCCUGCAUGGUCGAGGCGUUUUACCCAGUGUGCUUCCCUCUUCUGGAUUCCAGGACCCAAGAUAUGGUUUUGAUGCAGUGCAGUCACCUAUUCAAUGGUUUGAUGCUUCUGUGUACCCUGAUGUGCCGCAGAGACCUGCUACGACUAAUACUGCCUCCUCCACUACAUCAGCAAGAAACCAGAAUCUCCGCCCCCUUCCUCACCUGGUGGGUAUGCAUGCCCCAAGACCUGUGAUGGGACCAGCAGCUCCCGGAAUCAUGAACAGGAUGUAUCCCAACAACAGAAUGUACAGCCAGUAUGGCAAUGCAUUCAAAACUGGUCCGGGGUUUCAUUCAAAUGGUUAUGAUUCCAGAACCAAUGGCCGUUGGGGUGUAUCCAUGGAUGCCAAGUACAAGCCUAGGGGCCGAGGCAACGGGUUCUAUACUUAUGUUAAUGAGAACUUUGAUGGUCUGGGGGAGCUGAACAGAGGACCGAGGGCUGGUCGAUUCAAAACCCAGAAGGGGUUUGGACAAACUUUUACAAUUGCUGUCAAGGGACAGAGCCUUCCUACAAAUGGAAAUGUCGAGGAUGCUAGCCUAGUCCCUGACAAGGAGCAGUAUAACCGGGCAGACUUCACUGAAACAUACUCUGACGCAAAAUUUUUUGUCAUUAAGUCAUACAGUGAGGAUGAUGUUCACAAGAGUAUUAAGUACAGUGUUUGGGCUAGCACUCCCAAUGGGAACAAGAAACUUGAUGCUGCUUAUCAGGAAGCAAAGGAGAAGUCUAGUGGCUGCCCCAUCUUUUUGUUUUUCUCAGUGAACACUAGUGGACAGUUUGUUGGUGUUGCAGAAAUGGUAGGCCCUGUUGAUUUUAACAAGACUGUGGACUACUGGCAGCAAGACAAGUGGAACGGUUGUUUCCCUGUCAAAUGGCACAUUGUAAAGGAUGUACCCAAUAGCAUUCUCAAGCACAUUACACUAGAGAACAAUGACAACAAACCAGUGACCAACAGUAGAGACACUCAGGAGGUGAAACUUGAGCAAGGUCUGCAAAUGCUUAAGCUUUUUAAGGAUCACAAGAGCAAGACUUCCAUUCUGGAUGAUUUCACCUUUUAUGAGACACGCCAGAAGGUGAUGCAAGAAAAAAAGGCGAAGCAACAGCAGCUUCCAAAAAAAGGUUGUGGAUGGAAUGCCAGUAGACAUUGAGGAGAAUAACAAAAAUGGGACAGAUGGGAAGCCCGAAUUUCAGAUUCCUCUGGUUCCAGUUUUGAAGAAGGAACCUGUCCAGGCUGGGCUUGUAGAACUAAAGCCAUCAAAGGAUAAUGGUGUGCCUGCAGUAUCUGGUGUUGAUCCAAAGGAUGCUACACGGGUGACUGAGAAGCACACUACUGCAAAUAGCACUGCUAAUGGCUGUUAGGUCUGUGGACCCUUUUUUUUCAUCGCCUGCAGCCAUUAAUUGCUACUGGAAAUAGGUUUCAGCGGAAGUUUUGCUGCAUCCUGAGGUCUAAGUAUGCAAUGGAAGCUUAUAUCUUGGUAUCAAAGGCUGCAUAUGGACAGCUGAGGCAAUAUAUUCUUCCUCCAAUUUGCUUGUGGUAAAGAAGUUAGUUUAUAUUUCUCAGAUCGGGUACUGACUUUACUUUCCAAGUUGUCUUUAGGUCGGCAUCUGGUAUUUUGGGAUUUGUGGGGGUACAGGCUUCGACUUGUUUUCCUUGAUGCUCUUGAUAUAGUGCUCUCAAUAUGGAGUUGGGUGUGUUGUUUCCCCCCUUUUUUCCUUUUCUUUUUCUAAAUAUUUUCUUUUAUAGAUGUGACUUUGGUUAGUAACAUGGUGAUACAUUUAACAGUGAGUUUGCUGACAAUAUUUUUGUGAUCUUUCUUCUGAUUUCAAGGGAUUUGAUUGGAAGUCUUUUUCCGAA